AUGAGGGAUCAGUUCGUUUGGGGUUUAAAAAACAAAAGCGCUGCAGAAACGGUUAUUAAGAGAAAAAGAUUUCACAUAAUUUCAGCAGGGAUGAACGAGUCGACCAAAAAAGCAGAGCAGAUGUCUAUAAAUGUCAUCAGGGACAAGAACCGUUGUAGGAAUGGCUGCAGUGGAUCUUCGGAAAAGCAAACGGGCAAGAGUUUCCAAUGUAUGCGCUGCGGGAAAAAUAAUCUCAGUCCAGUCACUUGCAAGUAUAAAGCGUAUAAAUGCAACAGUUGUGGUAAUGUAGGACAUCUAUCAGGUAUGUGUAAAACGAAGAUUUUCAAUUCUGGUCAAGAAAAAACAAACAAUGGCAAACCUAUGAAGCAAAAUUUUAAUAAACAAAAUUUUUUAGAAGAAAGUGAAAGUUUAGUCGACGAUUUCGAAAGAUUAUUCAAAUUGGAGGACAUCGUCAAAGUAAACGGUAUUAAACCUUUCGAAACGAAAUUAAAGUUAAAUGGUAAUAUUGUUAAUUUUGACAUAGACACGGGUUCUCCAGAGACUAGAUAUAUAGUUUAAAUUUGGAAUUUAAAAAGUGGCUUGGAAAAUAAAAUUAAAAGUAUUGUAACUUAUUUUAAAAAAUGGUCAAAGCAACAUAUGAGUUGCGUCGUUUUCAACUAGCUGAAGGAAAAAUAGAGGGAACGUUACUGAAGCUGAAGCAAGAGGAUGAAGCGUGAUGGUACACCAUGUACUAUAUGUUGGAACGUUUCAUUCUAAUGGGGCCAUGGGUCAGUUCUGUUUUGCUUAAUAUGUCUGGUGGUUAGUCAAUGUUACUGCAGCAGGAAAUAGAAACUCUUAAAGAAGUGAUGUAUCUCCUGAAACCCUUUGAACAAGUUACUAAGGAAUUCUGCACAGAAGAUGUGACGUGUAGUAAAGUAAUUCCUAUUGUCCAUUGCCUGAAAGUAGCUGUAGAGAAAAAUAAUCCUGAAUCAGCAUGUGAUUGUUACAGAA